AUGCUCCUCUUCCUUUUGUUCUCUCUCGCGUCUCUAGUGGCUCUGCAAGAGUUCUCGAUCUACACGCUAAAUACCGUAACGUCGCAGGAAAGCGAGCUCGGAUUGCUCUCCUAUGAUCCGGGCCAAAAUAGUGCCCUUUUCCGGCCACAUCUGGACCUUCCGAGCGCCAAGGGCUCGUACUCGGUCUGCGCACGUGACCUCGCCUGCUCGGCCCCAUGUUUCGCCUAUCAAGAAAUCGGCGAAAACACGCCCCAAGGCCUUGGUGGCAAGUUCAAAGUGGCCGUGGGCGAUGAUGGGUCUGUUACAUACAUAUCCUUCGAAAGGGGCGAAGAUCCAGCCCAUUUUGCAUGUCUGGUGGCCCGUGUGGAAACGGCUCCAACGCCGAAUUUGAACCCCUUCCAUAGACAGGCAGCGCAGCAGAACAGGAAGGUUCAGACUCAGAAAGUCGUGCGCAAGAAAGUCGUUGAGAAUGACAACGGCGAAAAAGUCGAGGUGGACGAGGAAACCGACGAGGUGGUGGAUGUCGACAGUCGCUCGUGGGUGCAAAAAAACUGGAUGUACAUAGUGCCUCCAUUGGUGCUCUUCUUGAUUUUCAGUCCGGCGGAAAACAAGGAUGGUGGGGCGUGA